AAUUGUGUAACAUGUAAAUCUCUCCUGGACCAGGCCCGCUGUCAUUGCGGUUUGGCAACACCAGCAGCACAUGUCUUCUCUCAUCUCCUGGAAGAGAAAAAGAGCCAACAAAGAAAAAAAUACCUGGAGCAUAAAGCGUUCGGGCAGUCGGAGGGGCCCCUGGACUUCUCCGGGAAUCCACGCAGAGCUGUCCGCGAGUUCCGGUGUCCAUGUGCCCGUGAGGGAGAGGCCCCGAGCCAGCUCUGGGGGAGCAUCACCAGAGCAGGAGCCCCACCAUGCCGGCCAACACGGCAGAGCCGGGCAAGGGCUUCAAGCACAGACUGGCCUUAAAGAGCAGCUUGGCCAGGGAGACCAUGUCGGAGUUCCUGGGCACCUUCAUCAUGAUCGUCCUGGGAUGUGGCUGCGUGGCCCAAGCUGUCCUCAGCCGAGGAAUUUUUGGAAGCAUCAUCACUAUCAAUGUGGGAUUUGCAAUGUCCGCAGCAAUGGCCAUUUAUGCAACUGGAGGUGUCUCUGGUGGCCACAUCAACCCAGCUGUGUCCUUCGCAAUGUGUCUCUUUGGGAGGAUGACGUGGUACAAACUGCCCUUCUAUGUGGGAGCCCAGUUUUUGGGGGCCUUCGCAGGAUCUGCAGUCCUCUUUGGCAUUUACUAUGACAGACUCAUGGCCUUUGCGGGUGGGAAACUGCUCAUCACAGGAGAGAAUGCAACAGCACACAUCUUCGCCACGUACCCAGCUCCUUACCUGUCUCUGGCGAAUGUGUUCGCAGACCAAGUAAUGUCCACCAUGUUCCUCCUCAUGAUGGUCUUUGCCAUCUUUGACUCCAGAAACUUGGGGGUCCCCAAAGGCCUGGAGCCCGUUGUCAUUGGGCUGCUGAUUAUCGUCCUCUCUUCUUCCUUGGGGCUGAACAGUGGCUGUGCCAUGAACCCUGCCAGAGACCUAAGCCCCAGGCUUUUCACUGCCUUGGCCGGGUGGGGAUUCGAUGUCUUCAGAGCCGGACAUCACUUCUGGUGGAUCCCCGUGGUGGGCCCUUUGGUCGGGGGUGCCCUUGGAGGUCUUGUCUAUGUGCUUCUUAUUGAAAUCCACCACCCGGAGCCUGAACAGAACUUCAGUGCAGAGCAGCCGGAAGACAAACAAGAGAAAUAUGAACUUAGCGUGAUAAUGUAGUGACGGGCUCUGCUCUGUUUGCAAUUGGUUUGGUAUUCAUUUCAGAAAAGUUGGCGUCCAUGUGUCUGUCUUUCUGUACAACUAGGAUAGAGCCCACCCUUUUGUCUCUGCUGGUUCGGCGGGUCAUCCAGCUGCAAAUGUGCCUGAGUGAAGGUCUGGAAACACUGACCUCCUCUCUCCUCAGCAUAGCACUGACAGCCCUGAGCAGCCUUUUCUCCUGCCCUGCUUGUUCCAUCCUUGACCGGAGUCCUUCUUUGAUGGUCUCAAUGAAAUAACUCACCCAAAGCCUCUUCUUCAAUCUCCACAAAUACUGUAUUCUGAGUGUCACCUGAAACUGAAUCUGAAAGGCAGAACAGGCGUGUCCAUGAACAGCGAUGAACUAGGGAACACGAGGGUUAACGCUGGUUCCAUUGAGCCGCUGCUGUGUGUGUGGAACGUCUGACACUCUCCAAGCCUAGGGAGGCAGAAAGCAGCUGAAUACACUAGGAAGUGCAGGGGAAGGACAAGGUGGCAUUUAGAAAUCUCAAGAGACAAGAUAAAUUUGGGAAACCAAAUGGAAUUUUUUAAUGGAAACCAUUUAUCAGGUUAAUCUCUUGCUCUUCUGCAUUUUAGAGGGCACCAAUUAAUUUCCUGGUCUUUAGUCUAUAAUAACCUAAAAUACAAUUGUAACCUCAGUCAUGAAAAAUACAUCACUCUGCCUUUUGACCUGAAAUGUAUCGUCCUAAUUGCCCACUCAAGGACAGAUGUUUGACAAGGGAAGUCAAUGAGCACGGUGGGCCAUUGUUUUACUGGUGUCCCAGAAGCCCAAAAACCAUCUCAGUCUGGUCUUAGCAGAGCGUUUAAAGUGGGGGUUCCCUGGAAGGACAUUAAUCCAUCAUUGGGUUUUACCACUCAUAAAGCACCUUGUAUUCAUCAUUAGUUUAAUGAGAAAUUCCAUGAUACCCAUUUCUCAGAUAAAGAAACAAAAUCUCAGGGAUACUGAGUUGGCCAAGAUUUCUUGGAAAGCUGAACACUGUCUAAGGCAACUCUCCACUUUCCAGAAGACCAGUAACUGGCUGAGAAUCUCUGCCAACCAUCCUGGUUGGCCAGUAGUGGGAUUUACAGCUUCCAGGGGAUGUAUACCUUGCGAACACGAUGUUCUGUGAUGUUACAGCAUAAAAUCUUAAGACCUUG